UAUUUUGACAGCCUUAAUAAAAAAUAGAAGACGGAAUAGCAAACCCCUCGUUAAUACAGGAAGAGAGAGAAGAAUAGAGCAGUGUAUGGUGCCACAGAGCUUUUAGCAGACAAAGGGAAUGGCGAGCGAAGAAGAGAGUGCAGUGAAAGAGCCUUUGGAUCUGAUCAGACUCAGCCUCGAUGAGCGUAUCUAUGUAAAGCUCCGCUCUGACCGAGAACUCCGUGGUAAACUUCAUGCUUACGAUCAGCAUUUGAAUAUGAUUCUUGGGGAUGUCGAAGAAAUUGUUACAACUAUAGAAAUUGAUGAUGAAACCUAUGAAGAGAUUGUCCGGACUACAAGGCGCACGGUUCCCUUUCUCUUUGUCAGAGGUGAUGGUGUUAUACUGGUUUCUCCUCCACUUAGGACAGCUUGACGCCGAGCACUCCAAGAGGAAAAAUCACCUGUAGCCACAUUUAUUGCAGGCUUCUAUCAUUUUGAUCUUGGCAUGUUCAACUUCUGGCUCUGUUUCACUUGAAUAUAUUAGAAUACAAGUAGAGAGAGAAAUAUAUAUGUAUGUAUAUAUAUAUAUAUAUAUAUAUAUAUAUAUGUAUGUAUGUAUCAUUGCGUGGUAGACUUAUGAAUGAUUAUGUAUAACCUACUAAUAUUAUGAAUCUUAUUUUACUGGUUGGCCAAACAUGGGAUUACCCCGUUUUAGUUGGUUGGUACCCUUUUUUAGCAUUUACUAUGAAAAAGACGAGUAUUUCAGGCAAAGGCUACAAUUGGAAUGUUGAGAUGUUAAUAACUCCUGAAGAAUUUACCCUUCUUUUUUAGGGUAAACUGUUCAAUCUUCAUUAAGUGCAUUAUUAUA